AUUGUGACAAGAAGUAAAAUGUAGCGAUGGUCGGCCUCCCAAGAUUUAAAGCUGAUUCCGCUACUGCACUCCAUUGUAGUCAAAGGACACAGAGAAAGAGAGGCAGCGGGUUAAAUAAUUGAGGUGUUGAUAUACAAAUACAUACAACAUAUGUAUCUAUAUGUAUAUAUAUAUUCAUUCCAGUGGCUUGUGCAAGAUCCCAAUCCCAAUCCCAAUCCCAGUUCCAGAUUCUCUCUCACCACCUCCUCACUCACUGGGAAGAAGGAGAGACAUAGAGACAGAUAUACAUAUAUAUAUAUAGAGAGAGAGAGAGAGAGGGAGAGAGAGAGUAAGAGAAUAAAAUAAUAAUGGGAAGAUCUCCUUGCUGCUCGAAAGUGGGUUUGAGAAAAGGGCCAUGGUCUGCAAAAGAAGAUGCUCUUCUCUCCAACUUCAUCCACAAAAAUGGCCAAGGCCAAUGGCGCUCUCUCCCCAACAAGGCCGGGCUGCUGAGGUGCGGGAAGAGCUGCCGGCUCCGGUGGAUGAACUACCUCCGGCCGGGGAUCAAGCGCGGCAACAUCACCGCCGACGAGGAGGAUCUCAUCCUCCGCCUCCACUCCCUGCUCGGAAACCGCUGGUCCCUCAUCGCCGGCAGAUUGCCAGGUCGAACCGACAAUGAGAUUAAGAACUAUUGGAACACUCACCUUCUUCACAAAAUUAAUGAACCUUCUUCUCCUCCUGCUGCUGCUGCCGGAAAACCCAAUAAUGUUAUUAAGCCCUGCUGCAACAAACGCCGCCGCCGUGCGCCGCCGCCCAAGACCAAAGUGUAUUCGCCCAAGCCUAUCCGGCUAUCCCCCGCGUCCCUGCCCGCGGCGGCGCCGGCGCAGGCAGUGUCGGAUGAUCUUGUGGUGGGAGCGGGAAGCAUUCUGCCGCUGCUCCUCCUCCAGCAGCAGCAGGGGGAGUACGAUGAGUUCUACAUGUCCAUCUCCGGCGGCGGCGAUGUGGGGAUGCUCGAACAGGUCUACGACGAGUAUCUGCAACUUCUCUAAAUUAUAUAUAUAUAUAUAUCCAAAUCAGGUAAAUUAUUAAUUAAAUAAUGGGUAGUUACUCUUUACUUAUUUGUGUUGUGUAUCAAAGACUUGAAUUAUAUAUGUGAUCAGCUUAUAUAAUAUAUUUUUAUCUCUUUUAGAGGAUGUUUGGUUAGGGAUAGGGAAAAAAAUCGAACCGAACCGCCAAACCGUUGAAUCGAACUGAAUCGAAUCGGAUUUUCGGUUAAUCGAGCAAAUUCGAUUCGAAUAUAAAUA